AUGGAAAUUUUUCUUCAAUGGUCCGCUAGCAAACCCUGUAUAAGGUGGUGUUGCCCGUGUUGUUUACGCGGGGAACCAGAAGAAAAACGCGUUAAAGUCGCCUACGCCAGCGCCAAAUCUCCGAACAACCCCGACGAAAACGUGAAUUUAUUGAAACCUGAAGAGCUGCAAGAAAAUGCAGAGAAAGACACCGAGGAGACGAAAGUGAAACCAGAAACAGAGGACGGCUCUGAAUCUAGUCACAGCGAUAAAGACGAAGGCAUUGGUGAGGACAUGGAGGAGUACGUCGAUGAAAACGGGAUGAGAGUUCGACGGGUGGUCACAAAAACCGUAACAACAACAUCUACUAAAACAUCGUCUGACGAUAGUGAGCCAAAACAUCUGACACUCGAGACACUACAGAAAGAAAAUGGUCAAGCUGGAGGCGACACGGACGAGAAUACUGAAGUGAGGGAGUACGUGGAUGAGAACGGCCGACGUAUUCGACGAAUCGUGAAGACGAUAACGACGACUUCCACGAGGAUAAGCUCAAAGAACGGGCCUAGUAACGUCACUAGUGAGACCAAAGAGAUCAAGAGCGGGGGCCACGACCCAGACAAGAUUUUGAUCAAUUUUGGAGGAGGUAUGCCACGCCCUUCAGAGGAGCACACCAAGCUUCAAUUUGAGACCAACCACCGCGCUAUCCAGGAGAAAGAAGUGUUCCUUCAAUUUGGUAACAAGCCCCCUGCAACGCAAGAGAACCGUGUUAAGGUACAUAUCAAAGGCCAGCCUUUUCAAACACAUAACAUCAACAUGUUUGAGAGAAGAGGGCAUACCACCAUCACAACUGGCACGUCUGCAGAUGACAACCCUGGCACUAACACCGUUUACCAGCGUUCAGUCAUAACUAAGACGAUCGGAGGUGGCGACGGAGGAACGACAAUAGUCGAGCGCUCUACGAAGACUUCUAGCCACGGCGGCGAGGACCCGAUAAUGGUUGUCAAGAAGGAGAAAUCCCAAAUUAACAUGCCAGAGUGGAUGGUGGAACAGUCAUCGCCUGAGACAAAGGACAAAACCGCUGAAAUGUCCGACUUCAAUAUUCACUUGAAAUAUUCCAGUGAUUACAACCAGAAAAAGAAGGACCUGGAACCGAGUGUCAAUGAGAGUAGGAUCCACCCCGAAGUCGCCAAACGGGACAAACUGGUUAUCUCUAUACUAACUCUUGGUGAUGUGGUCAAGGAGAAGGAGAAAGGAGAUGAGGAAAAACCAGAGAAAACAGAAGAAAAACCGGCACCGCCCCAGGCGGCUGAUGAAGAAGACGAAGACGAAGACGACGAGGAUGAUGACGAUGGGGAGGUAGACGAAUUCGAAGAAGAGAUUGUGGUGAUGGAAGUCCGUAGAAAACCACGAUACCACAAGGCUCUGGAGAUUGCUGAACCAGAGAAAGAGAAAGCAGGAAUACCCAUUGAAGACCUCCUCGAGCUGCCUACUAUGGAAGUUGUGCAAGAAUCUGCUCCGGACGAAAAUUUGAUCGACGAAAAAGUGGAGGCGCAGGAACGCCAGCCAACAGAAUAUGCAGUACCGGACAUUGAGGAACUUUUGAAGGACGACUGA